AUGGCACUUACCAAAGAAUUGCCAAUUGAUUUUAUUGAACAGCCAUUGAAAGUCGGCUUUGAACACCAGCUUAAAGCGCUAGUUGUCAAGUCUAAGAUACCGAUCAUGCUGGAUGAAAGUGUCUUUAAUCAUCACCAAGCGUUUCAAUAUAUGCAUGAAACCGCUGUCCGUUUGAUUAAUGUUAAGCUGGAAAAAGCAGGCAGUAUUACUGAAGCGCAAAAGAUAUUUCAAACUGUUAAUGAUUUUAACGGACAAGCUAUGAUUGGUUGUAUGAUUGAAUCAAAAAUCGGUAUUGCAUUUGCUGUCGCUUUAGCUAACACAAAUAAAACUGUCAAAUACGUUGACUUAGACGCACCUUUUAUGUUUAACUAUGACCUUGUUCCUGAUGGCUUGCGGCUUGAUCAAACGCAAUUGAUACCUUCAAAUCAGUCAGGAUUGGGUAUUGCGCAGAGGAGUUUUGAUGACAUUUAA